GAUGACCCCGUCUCAAGUUCUCUCUUUUCCGAACGGGGAAAGAAUCUGGUUACCAGUUUAAAAGGACUAUAACUUCUUUGUUAAGUUACUUCUUUGUUCAUAACAGGGCAGGGUUUCAUCUUGUCAGUGCUGCAAGAAUUUAAGACCUCAAGAGUCUCCAGGUUCUAUUUGAAAGGACGAUGUUGCGUUUGCUAGCAAUUUGUCUAUACCUGUCGGUGAACUUUUGUUGCGCAGAGAGCUGGGAACGAACUUGUGAACGGAACACAAUGUACUUGCAUUGCUACUCUGGGCGGAUCGACGUUCAAAGGGCGUGGUACGGACGCCAACAGUCGGGAGUUUGCUUCGAGAGAGGAAGCAGAGAGAAUACAAACUGUUACACCAGUGCGACGAGUUACGUCAGAGGCGAAUGUAACGGACGGCGAUCCUGCAGCAUGUACGUCUCGAACUCAGCUUUCGGAGAUCCGUGUGUUGGCACCGUGAAAUAUCUGGUGGUCUCGUACAGAUGCAAAUCGGGAGGGCAACGAGAACUGAAGAGGAUUUGUGAACGCGACUCGGGUGACAUCCGUUGUUACGGCAGCGACAGAAUCGAUGUCAUAUCGGCGUUUUACGGUCGCAAGACGGGAAGCCACGUCUGCUCAGGUUCAGUAUAUACCACAUCUUGCGAAACGUCAGCGUACAGUUAUGUGUAUCGGAACUGCGACGGAAGUCAGAGCUGCCGUUUGGAGGCAAAUAACCGACACUUCGGUGACCCUUGUCAGGGUACUACUAAAUAUUUGGAGGUUCGAUACAGAUGUCUGUUUUUGAUUCCUUUCAAGUUCAAGUCACAAAGAGAAAUGGUGGGUUUGUUAGCUCUCUCCCUCCUCGCAGUGGCAUUUGCCGACGCAGUGGAACGAAGAGUUUGCGAACAUAAGCAGAUGACAAUAGACUGCAGAGGGUUAGAUAUCAACAUUCUGCGCGCCUCCUAUGGCCGUACUCAACAAAAUAUCUGUGGUCGUGGGAGAAGCACAAACUGCCAUGCUGGUAGUUCUAUGAGCGUCGCUAGGUACGAAUGUCAAGGACAGACUAGAUGUACUUUGCACGCAAAGAACGAAGCGUUUGGAGACCCCUGUGUUGGGACCUUCAAAUAUCUUGAGGUGAAGUAUGAAUGUGUGGAAAAAACUGUUCUUUGCGCUGAGAAUAAGCUCCUUCGCAUUUGCGAAGGUAGGUCACAGCAGAUUUCGUGCCCCGCUCCGAAGAAAAUCGAUAUCAUAUCUGCAAACUACGGCCGACUAACUGGUCGGCAUCUUUGUUGGGGAAGAGUCAGAACCACAAACUGUGGAGCCGCAGGGUCGAUUGAUAAAGUGAGGAGCAAGUGUCAAGGACGGCAAAGCUGUUCUUUGCAGGCAACAAACGGCCAGUUUGGUGAUCCUUGCGUUGGAACAAAGAAGUAUUUGGAGAUCAGAUACAGAUGUGACUGGUGAAGGAUCUCGGUAUUCCAAGCAUCGACUGAUCCCUUGUAGGUUGUGCAGUUUAUGUAACAGACCAUUAAAAUAAUUUUUCGUCGCCAA